AUACCACUGUUCCCUCAAGUUCUGCACUCGGACCGUGCCAGUUCACACACAAACAUCAAAGAUGGCUCUGUAUGACACCUUAAUAGUUUUGACCCUGAUGGGCUUCAGUCUCAGUGCCCCUCCAGUAGAGAUGGACCCUGCAGUAUAUGGCAUGGAGAAUUAUGAUGUGGACUCAGACACAUGGGAUCUGAAUUCCUAUGGAGAAACAUAUGAUUAUGAUGACUUGGAUGAAGAGAUUGAGGUUGGGAUGCUAGCCCCUCCUCCAGCCGUCACUCAGCCACCUGUUGCAGUCCCUCCUGAGAACUAUGUGGAGGAAGUGACACUGCCACCCCAGCCGACAAAGUCAUCUGCACCUUUCACUCUAGACUUCCGUGGUCCUGGAUUGUUUGGGCCUCAAACAGGAUUAGGGAUGCCUUCCUGCCUGCUGUGUGUGUGUAUCAGUGGCAAUGUGUAUUGCGAUGACAUAGGGCUGACUCAGAUCCCCCCUCUCCCCAAAUACACGACACACUUCUACGCUCGCUUCAACAAAAUCAAAUUGGUCAAUGCCAUGGACUUCAGUAAUCUCAAUCAGCUGAAGAGGAUUGACCUAAGUGGAAACCAGAUUAGUAAAGUGGACGAGGAUGCUUUCCGUUUACUGCCUCAGCUUCAGGAUCUGCUGCUGUCUGACAACAACAUCCAGGCCCUCCCGGAACUCCCAGCUACCAUGAAACAAAUAGAUGUCCGCAAUAACCAGCUGAGGAGUACAGGGAUCCAUGCAGAGGGCUUUAAGGAAAUGAAAGAACUGCAGUUCCUGUACAUGUCAAAUAACAAAUUGGAUUACAUUCCUGUUCCACUACCUAAGAGCCUAAGAGUGCUCCACCUGCAGAACAACAAUAUCCAGAGCUUAAGCCGAGACACUUUCUGUAACACCCACGACAUAAACUACAUACGGAAGGCCCUGGAAGACAUCAGGCUUGACGGAAACCCUGUGGACAUCAAUCUUUAUGCCCAGGCUUAUGUCUGCUUACCACGUCUGCCUGUAGGCACUCCAGUCUAGGAAGAUGUCCCUUCUAUACUUCCUUUGUAUGUGUUUUUGAACCUUUGUGUGACCACAAUUGAAUACUAUGAAGCUAGUUAAAGUAUUUUAAAAUGUCAAAAUUAAUCAAUAUCUGGGAGAAAUUAGUAAUGAGGUUUUUAGCUGCAAGAUUUAGUUGUCUUUAGUUGUCAGGCUGCAUAUGCACUGGGAAUACCUUUCAUUACUAUAGACGUAUAGAAUGUGCCAAAACCUAGUGAGCUGCCUCAUUGUGUAAUGCCUAAACAACACACUUCAAAUGUAGAAUACUGUAUUCCACUACUCCACUCCACUCAUUUAUUAAGGAAUAUUCUGGGUUUAAUACAAGUUAAGUUGUAUUGAACAGCAUUUGUGGCAUAAUGUUGAUUACCACAAAAAUGUAUUUUGACCCGUCCCUCGUUUUCUUAAAAAAAAAAUUUUUUAAAUAGAGAUUACAGUGAGGCACUUACUAUAAAAGUAAGGCCAAUUCUUGGAGGGUUUAAAGGCAGAAAUGUGACGCUUAUAAUUUUAUAAAAGCGCUUAUAUUAAUUCUUCUGUUGAAACUCAUGUAUUAUUUGAGCUGUAAAUUUGUUUAAACUGUCAAUUUUACAGUCAUUUUAGGAUUUUAGGGUUUGUUGACAUUACAUCGUCAUGGCAUUGAAGUUGUAAAAUUGGCUAUAACUUUACACAGAAAAGGUUAGUAAGUGAUUUUAUCACACAAAAAUCAUGUUUGCAUGCAUAUUGUUUGUCUUGUGGCUAUACUUUUGAAAAAGUGAGAAUUGUAACAUUCAAAAAUGGGCAUCAUUCACUUUCAUUGUAAGUGCCUCACUGUUACCCAGUUUUUGUUUUAAUAAAAGGAGUGGCAAGUAAAAAUAAUUUUUGUGGUAAUCAAUAUUAUGCCACAAAUGCUUUUAUUGA